AUGGCCGACUGGAACUUUGAGCAGGGGGGUUCGACCCAUGGCAACAGUGCCGAUGACGGCUGGAACACUGGUGGCAACAUCGCUAACGGAUCUACCAACGGUGACGAUCAUGGUAACACUGGUUUUGGCGACGCCGAGGGCGUUAAUGAUGGCCAGCCAGGCCGGGAUGACAAGUGCUUCGGUUGUGGCGAGACUGGUCACCGCCGUGCGGAAUGCCCCAGCGCCGAGGAGAUGACCUGCCGGUACUGCAAGAACCCUGGCCACAUGGUCAAAGACUGCCCCGAUAAGCCUCCCAUGAUCUGUGCCAACUGUGGCGAAGAAGGUCACAUGCGAAAGAAUUGCGAGAACGCUCGCAAGGUCAACCGAGACAACGUUGCCGAUAUUCCCGCUGAGGCAGCCUGGGAGAAAAUCAAGCAGGCCACUACCGAGAAGGAUCUCGACGAUGCCAAGGAAGCCGUACAAGAGUACAUCAAGGCUGUCAAUGGCGAGGUGACAUACCGUCAGCUCCAAGAGACUUUCAUCGACCAAAACCUUGGUCUCUGGCUCAUCCCCACUGAGCGCUCCCUCGUCCAAGUAUUCACCAAUAUGGACAUCCAGGGUAACAUCGACAAGAAGUACACUGUUUCGUAUCGAUUUGUUGAGAAGCCCGACCGUCCCCGUGAGAUCGAGGGAUGGCCCAAGGACCGUGAGGAACAUCUCUCUCGCUUGGACGAUGCCGGCGAGGUUGUCGAUCGAGGUGUUCCCCUUUGCAUGAACUGCAAGGAGCUUGGACAUAUUUCCAAGUUUUGUACUCAGGAGAAGAUUGAGCGUGAUGAUGUGACCAAGAUCUCUUGCUACAAUUGCGGAGCAGACGGCCACCGCGUUCGAGAUUGCCCUGAGCCACGCGUGGACAAGAACGCAUGCAAGAACUGCGGCAAAUCCGGUCACAGGGUCGCGGACUGCGAGGAACCGCCGAACCCGGCCAACGUAGAGUGCCGGAAGUGCAAUGAAGUCGGUCACUUUGCCAAGGAUUGCCCCCAGGGCGGCGGCCGGGAAUGCCGCAACUGCGGCCAGGAGGGUCACAUCUCUAAGGAGUGUGACCAGCCUCGUGACAUGUCUAAAGUCACUUGCCGCAACUGCGAAAAGUCGGGACAUCUAAGCAAGGAGUGUCCUGAGCCCAAGGAUUGGAGCAAGGUUCAGUGCAGCAACUGCCAGGAGUAUGGCCACACCAAGGUCAGAUGCAAGGCCCCUCUCGUCGAAGAAAACGAUGGCUUCGGUGAUGGCGGUGACGGAGGUUGGGGAGGCGCUGAUGCGACUGCUGGGGGUGAUGAUGGAUAUGCUAACCAUCAGAGCGCCGGCGGUGAUGAUGGGUGGUCUGCUAAGCCCGUCGAUGUCGGGGCCAGCGUUUGGUAA